AUGUCGACACCAAGGCCCUCCAUGAAGCUCCUUGUUGAGUCUGGUAUCGUUCCGCGAGCUCCGAACCAAAGGCCUCUCACGUGGAACUCUCUCAGCCCGAAACUCUCGCGGAACUUUUCACUAAGGAACGGGAUGCAUUUCUCAUAUCGCGUGUCAUUUGUCUGGUUUAAGUGGAGAGGCAUAAGGCUCAGGUUAAGAGACACCCCUACCUCUUCAAUAAUGAAAGGCAUUUGUCUCAGAGGUUUUCCUCAUCCAUCUCGGGGCAUCUUUCUCCCCGGAGGACAUCAUUCACCCGGGAUUAUCCUCAAGGAGCCCGGAACUAGGCCCGAUCUUCGGGGAUCACCUAUCUCAGAGGAUCAGCGGCGUCAUGGAGGGGCGGAGAAAAACUGGCGAAGUGUUACACACGGUACUUCGCUCGAGUACUGA